UGGGUGCCCCUGAGCUGAUGCUCAUCAAGGAGGGACUGUUCUUGCCAAUUGCUGAUUAGGUUCUGCUGAUGAGGCAGUCGAGGAUCCAGUUGCAAAGGGAUGCACCGAGACACAGUUUCUUGUGCUUGGUAACAAGUUUGAAUGGGAUGUUGGUGUUGAACGCCAAGUUGUAGUUUAUGAACAACAGCCUGAUGUAUGUGUUUUUAUUGUCCAAGCAGUCCCAUGCAGAGUGGAAAGCCAGAAAGAUCGCAUCCCCAUUGAUCUAUUGUGAUGGUUGGCAAUUUGUAGAACAGGGGAGCAAAUGGAAGAAUUUUAUAAUGUUAACGUUUUUAUUUGUGAAGGAUACUGAAAGGCAUAAGGUUCUCAUUUUGUAAGUUCAAAAAGGAAUUCAGAAACAUGUUCUUUACCAAACUGGUUGGAAUGAAACCCCCCUUGAGCAAGCUGAUGUGCUUUAUACAGAUGAAUUUCAGAGGAAGCUUGACUGUUAAAAGCAUAACUGAAUAGAAGUGUAUACUGAUAGAGUAAAUUGAAAUGUGAUAGAAUGGGGACUUUCUAAACCCUAUUGCUCAGUACAGAUAAAUUAAGUCCGAUGGCCUGUUUUAGAGCAGGAUAGUCACAGUGAUUACUUUUAGUAGUAAAAAACAAAAUUAAAACUCCCAGUCUGCAUUCCCUCCCUCUCCGAUGCCACUUAAGUGCCCAGACACUUAAAUGUUCAGGGAAAAGUGCUGUCCAGCCAGUGACUUCUGCGUUGCUUUCGUUUAUUUGUUCUCUAUUAUUAUUUGCCACCCAUAAAAUAAAGCAGGUAUCUCCAUCAUCAGCUAGCAGGUAAGUUUAAUUUAAUCACAUUUUCUUGUCGUUUAUUUCGGUUUAAAUAACCUCCGUUUUUUCCUACCAAGCAAUUUUCCUAUAAUCGCAUUUACCUGCUUAGUUUGAAUUUUAGGAAUGUGCUUCUCUGUCGAGCACUCCAGAUAACCAAGUUCCACCGCUGUUGAACGCUUCAACAGCCAAAGCCUAUAUUGCAUUUGUCCACUCGCAUUAUGGUCAUAUAUGUGUGUCAGGCCCAUUCAGAUUAAUUGUUUCAGUUUGUAGAAGGGUUCCGACCCGAAACGUCACCCGUCUUUUUUUCUCCAGAGAGGCUGCCUGAGCCGCUCAGCUACUCUAGCACUUGUGUCUAUCUUCGGUAUAAACCAGCAUCUGCAGUUCCUUCCUACACCUGUUUAUGAAUCAUGGGUCUACAGUACAACUGCUGUGACUGUACGUCCUCGUUUAUAUUCGUUUUCCCGAAUGAAACCAUUAAUCUUUGAGAUCUCUUUUACCAGUUAGCAUUUAUUCUGAAUCGGGUACCUAGUCUCUAAAAUCUCUUUGUUCAUCGGUCCUCAUUCCUUCUUUAAAUUUGUCUCCCACGUUUAGGCGCUACCUCUGUGCGAUGCGUCUCAGCUAGUUGGUCCAUUCUCAUCUAACGGCUGAUGUAUAAUGUCAGCCGCUUCCAACUUCUCUCCGAAGAUAUUUCUUGGUUUUAUUUUUCUAUUUCCAAAAUAUUUUAGACAUCUGAGUUGAUUCACCGUUACCUGGGCGACCACAUAACGGUUCUACGUGCCCCGACCAGUUUCUCAUCCAAAACACCAGGAUCCCUUCAACUGCAGUGUCUCACGUGUUAACCAACCCCUUCAUCUCUCUCCAUUCACCUUCACAGCAAGGUUCAGACAGCGAACCUCUUGCUUGGACAUGAUCUCCGCGCCUCUGUUCGUAUCUUCAUUUGUGUUUAUCUUGUUGCAUUUCUUCCUUCCUUCAGUUUGUGCCCGCCCCUGUCUAUCGCUGACAUCAUCGUCGGGAGCGCGCCCGCGGAGCGCGCAUCUUCAUUCCUCUCCCAGCCUCUGAGAUACUGGAUCUUCGCUUCUAUCGGGUUGCCGGAGCGGCCGCUCUCCGCGUCCCGUUUCCGGGUAAUAGGCAGUUCAAUCAUAAAAAGGAAAUGGCACGGUGGUACCUCAUGCCUCCUUUCCUCUUCAUCCUGGCGUUUGAUGCUCUGAGUCAGGUUUGUGCUCUGGAAGCUGACAACAGAGAUAAGAAGAGCAUACAGCAACCAUCUGACAGCAGCAACAAUCUGAAGAAACAUGACUCCUGGCCAGACCAGCCCAGACCAGGGCGCAAGCAUGGUACCCAGAGGAAGGAAAAAGCCAACACAAUGGUGACCAGAGUGAUGGAUGGAGACAGGCCAGAUGGAGAUGGUGUGGGAUUGGAGAGUCUGACACCAGUACGUGUGGAGACAGACAGUCUGGAGAGAGCAGCCAUACUGGAGGAGGGAGCUAUAGAUCAGAGUGGCCAGUUUUAUCCUCAAGAACUAGAAAAUUACCGCACAGUGGAAUCUGCAAAUAAAGGGAAAAAACACCACAGAGAUCACAAGAAACACAAUCGAAGAGAGCGAGCCCGACAGAAUAAAGUGAAAGUAUCAGAAGCUGCGUUAAUCUCAUCCAUAAAGGGUAUAACACAAGGCAAGGUGAAGGAUGAGCUUUCCACAAGGCCCCUGACGAUGUCCAGCGGUGCGGUGACCAGCACUUUGCUGACCACCAUUACAACAGAGGAAGUUCCGGCAGUAAAGACCAGACAGCAAACCAGAGAACAGGCUGGAGUAAGAACAGUCGCUGAGGUAAACCCCACACUCGACAUGACGCUCUUUGACUGGACAGAUUAUGAAGACAUGAAGCCAGAUAUGUGGCCUUCAGCAAAGAAGAAAGAUAAGCGUCGCAGCAAGAAUCUGAGUAAUGGGAACAUUACGUCUGUGGCUGAAGUAGAGCCGUGUGAUCAUCACCUUGACUGUCUGCCUGGUUGGUGCUGUGAUCUCCGACAGCACAUCUGUAAAGCCCAUAACCGCGGCCUCAAUAACAAGUGCUAUGAUGACUGCAUGUGUGCAGAAGGUCUCCGCUGCUAUGCCAAGUUUCACCGAAACCGGAGAGUUACUCGAAGGCGAGGGCGUUGUGUGGAACCUGAUUCAAUCAACGUUGAUCACGGAUCAUUCAUUACGGUCUGAAAAGACGAGACGGAAUCCAGCUUAAUUGGUCCAUGCAACCAGUCAAAAAAUGAUCUCAAAGUAAAAAGUGGCUAAAAUCUUGAUGAUUCCAACAUAUGCCUGAUAGACCAAGAGCUGCCUGGAAUAUACACUCCCAUGUCAUUCCACAUCUAGCCCAUCCAUUCCACUGUCAAACUCAUACCCAACAUUACAAUCAGCAUUCUCCUGUUUCCCCAACAUCAGUCAGUACCAUCCAACACGCUAUCUUUGCAAUACAUUGUACCCACUCAUACCCAAUAAUUCAAUGUGACAAUUCUAUUCUCCUACAAUGAACCAGAAACUCCAUAAGUUCAAUCAACAUACAAGAUAUACUGCAGUUGUAACCAAUAUCUCACCACUCCAAUCAAAUAUACUUAACUCAUAAUCUGUGUCCCAUAACUAUAAUCCUAUUUUCCUCGCUGGUCCAAUUUAAUUUUUCCAUUCAUCCUGAGAAUUCCAUUAGCACAAUUCCGCUUUCAUUUCACACUUUUUACCCAUUAGUUAAGCAUCACAAUCCAAAACCCCCAAUCAUAUUCAAUAUCCUUUAUGCCACAUUAACAUUUCCACUCAUAGCCAGUAUCCAGAACCCUAUCACAACAAUACAACAUUCAUACUCAAGCUACCACCUCCACCUAUACAUAUUACCUAGCUUUCCAUUAAUGCAAUCCAGCACCCAAAUCUAAAUACCAUCAUUUCAAUUCUAUGCCCCCACUAAUACCCAUUACUGACUACUGCCGCCAUUGCUUCCAUUGCCCCAUUAAUACCCAUGUCUUCAUACUAAUCCACCAUUCCCACGUACUCAGUACAUAUCACUUUAAUCCACUAUCCUCCACUAUUGCUCCACUACUCAAUAAUUCAUCACUAUAAUUUAGUAAACCUUCAUACACCAUUACUUGUUGUUGUUUUGAUAGUCUGCUCCUGGCUAUUACGAUUAAUGUUCAAAUUAACAUUUGUAUGCAAUGUUUAUAAAUUGAUCUUAAUGUCAUUUUGAGAAAAGGUAGCUAGAACAAACUGCAGUACCCUGACUCCACUAAUGAUGCAUAACAUUAUGCUGUCAACAUUUAUUUCCGAGAAGCCUCUCUACUGUACACUCAAUCAACUUCCACCUAAGGCUACCCCCCACCAGGCCAUCAUCUGGCAGAUUCUCCUGCCCCACCCCCCCCCAUCAUGUGUUGCUCUUUACCAAGAAACUGUCUAUCUCCCUAAUCAUACAAUCACCAUACACAUAAACCUCCUCAUUAUGAUAUUCUUGCCCCUUUAAUAUCUUGAGAUACGAAGUGUGCCCUGGAUUACUCUGCCACUUUUUAAUGCCAGUUAAACAAAUACCCACCAGAGAACUUUCAUUGCUCCUGCAAUAGAAUCAAGCUUUUAAAGCAAAAUGUAGCUCUGCUCCAGUUCAAGCCUGCAAUCUACUCUAUUUGUUGCGUUGUGUACAGUUAAUCCACAUGAAUCUAGCAGCCUAAUCCUACCCAUUUUAAUUUAAGCCUCCUUGGAUGCUGUAUCUGCUGGCAUCUUUCCCGACUGAUUAUUGGUUCUGUGUGAGUCUAGACUUUACAAUUAAGUAAACGAGAGACACAAGGAAUUGCAAACACUGGAAUCUGAGCAAAACACAAGGUGCUUGAAUAUCUCAGUGGAUCAGGCAGUAUCUGUGGAGGGAAUGGACAGUCGACAUUUCAGAUUGACAAGUUGACUAUGGAAUGCUAUAUUUGCCCCAUUCUCAUGUGACAUUUGGGUUGCCUACUAAUCAGAAACACUGGGACACAAUCAUCUCCCAAAGCCGACUUAGACCAAGGUGGUGUGAUGUUAAUAGGACUGCAUGUACAACAUAAAUCGUUUAUGGACAGACUUCAGAUAGAUGAUAAUAAUCAGCAGGUUUGCCGUUCUCAUUCUGGGGAGGAAUGCUGCUGCCUUCCCAAACCGGUGGCCAAAUGACUUCCAUUCCAUAGCAAUGAUUCAUUCAAUGAUCAUGGAAGUUUCGCAAAUACUUAAGAACAGUUAGAACCUGAAACCAACCAUAAGCUCAGCACAGGCUAAAAUGCAACAAUAUAAGAAAAAAAAUAGUUGCUUGUCUCUUUGUUUUUUGUUGUCGUUGAAUUGAAGCAUGCCAAGUAGCAUCAUCGAGUAUUGAUGCAGACUCUGUGUAAUAUUUAAUACCAUCGCCAAUGAGGUGCGAUCACUUGAGGAACAGCUGGCCUUUCCUAUUUUCAGACCACUGCAUUAAUUUAUGUUACUAGACAUUUUUACAAUUAUUUUACAAUUUCUGUCCUGUCUGAAAAAGGGUUCCAACACAAAACAUCACCUGUCCAUUUUAUCCAGAGAUGCUGCCUGACUCGCUUAGUUAUUCCAACAUUUUGUGUCUAUCUUUAUUUUCUGUCGCUUGAUUCAAAAAUUAUUUCACAAAUGUCUUACUACCUUUCUAAUUUGUGUAAUAAUCAAGAAAAGGAUAACGUUUACAAAUAGUGAAAGCAAUCAGCAGAUUGAUACAGAAUGGAGACUCGCCACGUCAGCUUUAGACACUGUGGAAAAGUAUCUGCAAUUUUCUAUUUCAGUGUGCAAGUGACUCAUAUCCUGUAACUCAGACAAAUAUGCUGAUUGUCUACUGUGACAUUGGAUAAUCUUACAGAAACGGUCUGUAAGGCUCAUGCCAGAGAUGAUACAUCCUCCAUUAAUAGCAGUUCAUUUCAGCCAGUCUCCUGUCUUGUAAGGUGCCAUCAAGUCAGUGUUGACUCCUGGUGACCUCUCAGAACGACCUACCCCAAAAAUACAUCUUGAAUUUGCUGCAUAGACAUACUAGUGGAUUUUUGACUCCAUGCAUCCACUUUUUUUGCAGCCACAUUCUUCUGUUUUCUUCCAGUUGUAUUAAAACAGCGUAAUAAAGAUAUCACUGGAAACAGGAGAAUGUGAUGUGAGAAUCUCCACCUGUGAGUAACUAGACGGAGACACAAGAAACUGCAAAUGCUGGAAUCUUGAGUAAAAAACAAAGUGCUGGAGGAACUCAGUAGAUCAGGCAACAUUUGUGGAGGAAUAUACGGGCAACAUUUUGGUUUGCGGCCCUUCCACAGACUAUAGGAAUGUAACUCGCAUAAAGCCACUUUUAAAAAUAAAGUGCUUAAGAAGGAACUGCAGAUGCUGGAAAAUCGAAGGUAGACAAAAGUGCUGGAGAAAUUCAGCGGGUGCGGCAGCAUCUAUGGAGUGAAGGAAAUAGGCAACGUUUCAGGC